AUGUCUCUUCCAACUACCAUGAAAGCUUUGAGAUACUCCAAGCCAGAAGUCUACGGAAUCGUCGAGGUUCCUCUCCCAAAGCUCCGUGAUAACGAUGUCUUGGUAAAGGUCAAGGCCUGUGGUGUCUGCGGAACCGAUUUACACAUUCAUCAUGGAGAAUUCAUUGCAAAGUUUCCUCUUAUUCCUGGACAUGAAACUGUCGGAGUUAUUGCUGCCACUGGACCUAAGGUCAAGGGCUUCAAUAUUGGUGAUAGAGUUGUAGCCGAUAACUCUGAACUUUGCGAGGAGUGUUUUUACUGCCGUCGUGGUCAACUCUUGCUUUGCGAGAACUUUAAUGCUCACGGUGUUACUAUGGAUGGUGGUUUCGCAGAAUACUGUGCCUACCCAGCCGCCAAAGUUUUCAAGAUCGAAAACCUCUCCGAUAUCGAUGCUACACUCCUUGAGCCAGCCUCCUGCGCGGCUCACGGUCUUGAGAAGAUUGCUCCCAAGAUGGGUUCAUCAGUUCUCAUGUUCGGUGCUGGACCAACUGGCCUCGUGCUCGCUCAACUCCUCAGACAAAAUGGUGGAUGCAAGGUUGUUCUCGCUGCCCCCGGUGGUCUGAAAUUGGAUCUUGCAAAGAAACUCGAUGCUGCUGAUAUCUAUAUUGAACUUUCGCGUGAGAACCCAGAAGUUCAAUUCCAGCAAAUUAAGGAUGAGUAUAAAUAUGGCUUCGAUAUCGUCGUGGAAGCUACCGGAAGCGCUAAGAUCCUCGAGGAUGCUAUCAAUUAUGUUCGUCGUGGAGGUAAGCUCGUCGUCUAUGGUGUCUAUAAUAGCUCUGCUAGAGUUACUUGGCCACCAUCUAAGAUCUUCGGUGAUGAGAUUACUAUUCUGGGUUCUUUCUCGGAGACUUACAUGUUCCCUGCUGCUAUUGACUAUCUCGAUUCGGGUAAGGUUAAGGUUGAGGGGAUUGUUAAUAAGACGUUUAAGCUGGAGCAAUGGGGUGAGGCGUUGGAAUCUAUUAGAAAUAAGAGUGCUAUUAAGGCGGCUAUUGUUUUUGAUUAG